AUGAUAAUGUCGUCUGUUGUUAUACAAAAUAGUACUGAUACUACUAUUCCCGGUAAUGAUAAUAUCCAAAACAAGAAGAAAAAGACUGAAAAAAUUAAGAAAAAAAGAUUAUUUUUUUCAAAACACAAUCACAAAAUAUCAAAUAAUGAUAAUAAUGAUGUGAAUGACGAUCGACAACAUAUAGAAAAUCAUAUUACACCAGUAGAAACUCCUUCUCUAGUUAAUACGUCUUCUCAACAACCAUCUCAAACAACAACCACUGUACCUGCUCCUACUUCUGAUUUUAGUGCAUCGUAUAGACCCCUUGACGCGAUUAAUGAAAAUGUUGAAUAUUAUAUGUUACCUAAAUCAACAACUAGCAUACCGAUUCAACAACAGCAACAACAACAACAUCAAGUAUUGACAACAUACGAUGAUGGUCAACAAUAUUUCAUUGAUUCUCGUUCGUUACCUGUCUAUGCAACAUUAAGAAAAUCACAUCGGAGUCAUUAUCAAGAACCACAACCACUUUAUUAUUCCACGGAUCAAGGAGGACAACGAAUUUAUUCUUUAUCACCUCAGCACAAUGAUGAAUGGAAACGACAAUUUGUCUACGGUACUAUUUCUCCCAGUGAACAAAUUCAUUAUCAACAGCCAAGACGGAUCCCACUAAGUCAACUACCUAUUUCGUCUUCGUCACCAUCUAAUUUUCAACCAAUUUCUCCUGAUCAUCGCUAUCAUCAUCAAAGCCAUCCUUUCAGUGAACGGAAUGAGACCGAUCUCGUUAAACCGACAUUUUUUAUCGUACCAAAAUCAACCGAAAAAGAAUUAACUAAACAAUUAGAGAAGGAAAAAAGCGAACACGUUACAACAAAUUCACCUCAAUUAGUCAACAAUAAAAAAAUGGCAAAAGAAGCAUCGAAUAAAACAAAUAAAAAGUUAGAUAAAAAUAAAAAAACAAAUGGUAAAAUUUCAAAUAAUGUCAUUGAAAUACCAAACAAAACCUAUCGUAACGUUGAAGUACAAACAACGAUUCCGUCAACGAUCAACACAAGUCCGGAUAAGGUAAUCCAUCAAACACCCCCAGUUGAAAUACAUACAAUUAACGACCAAUUAAGGCAUGUUGGAUUAACUACUUCUCCCGUUAAUAGUCCAUCACCAUAUGUUCAUUUUGUUACCGUACCGCAGAUACUUUCUGAUGGUCCGCCUGAACAGUCGGUAAUGCAAGAUGAAAAUAUUCAUCUUAUACCCAUGAUGAAUAGUCCAACGUUAUACAGUGAUUAUGAUGCACAACAACGAUCAGCGUCAGUAAGAAGUAUGCCGAAUAUUGCUGUUGGACAAGAAGUAACUACAUCAUUACCAGCAGAGAUCACAAAGAAUCAUCUUCUCCUGAAACGUUUUUCAGUAUGA